AUGGCGGACUACGAAAAGGAAUUGCUUGCUGAUUUGCAAAGCAGCGACGAGGAAGGAGAAGAGGAAACAAAUGAAGUAGAGGAAGCUCAGGUUGGUGUUGAUGAUGAGGGUGUGGAAGCAAACACGUCGCGGCGUACCUUCCAAGAGAAGCUCACUGACCUCAUCGUCUCUUCAAGCACAACGUCAAGCCCAUUCCAGACUAUCCUUCAACAUCCAAACAUUGAAUCAGUUACAGAGCUCCGAUCUUUAUCCAAAAUAUUCCCACUAAUACCCGAGCUCAGGGGGAAAUUGAACGAAUAUUCAAAUGACCAAGAAAAUGACUUUCUCCAGCUACUUUCCGAGAUCAACGACAAUAGCCAAGGCAACUUCCAGUCCGACGAGUACAGAUUCAUCGUGGCGAUAAACGAAUUGUCAACGCUAAUAAACGACGAGAUUCAAGCUUACUCGAUGCUUUUAAAAGUGCAAUACAGGCUUGUGUUCCCAGAGUUGGAGUCCAUUAUAGUCAACAACAUUGACUAUGCUCGCAUAGUCUUGAUUAUAAAGCAGGACCUAACCGGGAUUCAGAAAUAUGAACAGGAUUUAAAAAAAUUGGUGACAAAUGACAAGGUCUUGGUUCUAAUCAUGUCAGCAUUGCAGCAGUCAAAAGACCAUUUCACUCUAUCUGAAAAAGAUAUGGCCAAGCUAAUAUCGUGCGCCUCAUUUAUUCUCGAGCUAGAUGAAAUACUCCACCAACUCUCGAAAUUUAUAUCGCACAAGCUUGCCAAGUUUGCCCCCAAUGUCAGUGCCAUCGUGGGCCCCAUAACCACGUCGCAGCUACUCAUCGCCUGUGGCUCGUUGCAGCAGCUCGCAUUGACGCCCUCGUGCAACAUCGCAUCGCUUGGAGUUCGUGAUUUAUCCUCGAAUAACAAAACUGCCUCCAGAAAUGUCCGGCAAACGGGGUACGUCUACCACAGCGACAUGGUCAAGUUCUUGCCUCCUGAAAUACAACGAUCUGCAAUGAGGAUAGUCAGUGGCAAAUUGAUCUUGGCCGCGCGAAUGGACCUUGCUAAAUCGGAUCUCGAAGGUAAGAUUGGCACAAAGUUGAAAAAGGAGAUUGAGGUCAAGAUUGAUAAAUUGCUAGCUCCACCUGAACAAACUCCCAAUAAGGCGUUGCCUGCCCCCGUCGAGAUCAAGUCUAAAAAGAGAGGAGGCAGAAGACUUCGCAAGAUGAAGGAACGGUUCCAAAUGUCUGAGCUUCGCAAAGCUCAGAAUAAGCUCGAGUUUGGCAAGCAAGAGGAAACCAUCACCGACGAUUAUGGCGAAGAUAUCGGGUUGGGCAUGAGCCGACUGGGGGGAGGCAAUGGAAGACUAGGCCAGAUUCAAGUCAACAAGAACACUAGUGCACGAAUGUCAAAGAGCAUGAUUGAAAGAUUGCAGAAACUGAAGCAGCAGCAGCAGCAGCAGCAGCAGCAAAAGCAGAAGCAGAAGGAACAGGGUUUGGCAAACAGUGUAUACGAGGAAGAUUUCGAUAACAUCAUCUUGGGCAGAGCUGUUCCGCAAAGCGAUGAGUCAAAACCAGAGCCGAGAAGAAGUAGGUGGCUCACGGGUUCAAUGAAGCGUAACAUUGACGUGGUUCUUGAUGGUGACAGGGCUGGUGCAGCUGAUAAGAAAAUGAAAAUAGAGGAGUAA